UAAUCGGUCACACAAAUUGUAACUUGCUGGAAACUGCAAACCAGUAGCGAAAUGGCUCCCACAAAGGAACGUCUCCACAGCCUUAUGCGCUUGUUCAUAGCAUGCCUCCUCAAGCUUAGCACUGCAGCGCCUUGCCUACCGGAUCAGGCUUCUUCCCUCCUCCAGCUAAAAGCUUCCUUCAUUGGUGACAGCCUACCAUCAUGGCAAGCUGGAACAGAUUGCUGCCACCACUGGGAGGGCGUCACCUGUGACGUGGCCUUGGGAAGAGUCAUUUCUCUUGAUCUCGGUGAGUUCGACCUGACGAGCAGUCGUCUUGAUCCUGCGUUGUUCAACCUCACCUCUCUCAGAAAUCUCAGCCUUGCAUUCAAUGACUUUAGUGGAGCCUUGCUCCCAGCUUCUGGUUUUGAGCGGCUCAUGGAUAUCAUCCACCUCAACCUCUCGGGCCCCAAUUUUGGGUUUCAGAUCCCAAUUGGAAUUGCCUGCCUCAAGAACCUUGUCACCCUUGACUUGUCUGGUAAUUAUGAUUUGUAUUUUGAGCGGCCAAGUUUCAAAACCUUCAUGGCAAAUAUGAGCAACCUGAGGGAGCUUUAUCUUGAUCGAGUGGAUUUAUCUAGCAGUGGAUCGACUUGGUCCACUGUUUUAGCAGACUCUGUUCCCCAGCUACAGGUUCUUAGCUUGUUUGGGUGUUAUAUAUCAGGUCCUAUCCACCCUUCAUUCUCAAGGCUUCGUUCACUUACGACGAUCAACUUGGGAUACAAUAAGUUUGAAGGGCAUUUUCCAACAAAAAUCUUCCAGCUAAAAAGUUUGAGGACGCUUGAUUUGUCUGAUAACCACAUGCUUUCUGUGAGAUUAACACACUUCCCAGCUGGAAAUAAUUUGGAAACACUAAAUCUAGCAGGGACUAAUUUCUCUUGUGACAUGCCGUCCUCGUUUGGCAAUCUUGAGUAUGUAAAGACAUUGGGGCUUAACAUGAUGCGCAUUGAUGACGAACUCCUCUAUUUGAUAUCUAAGCUUCCAUUAUUGGAUGACCUGCGACUGCGACUCAUGGGAUCAGAUUUGGAGAACCCGGGAUUAUCUUGGGUUAGCAAUCUUACCCAAUUGACGGACCUAAUGCUUGACAGCUAUGACUUCUCUAAAUCGGUUCCCACUUGGAUCGGCAAACUGACAAGGCUGGAAAGUUUGACAAUAGUGGAUUGCAGUUUCUCCAUGCCAAUACCGUACCAGAUUGGAAAUCUUACAAAAUUGGUCGAACUGGAGUUCUUAAGUUGUGACUUCCCGGAGCAGAGAAUGCCAUCGUGGAUAGGCAAUCUUACAAAGUUGGUCUCUUUCACAAUUGAUGAUUGCAAUUUCUCUGGACCAAUACCCUCAACAAUUGGGAACUUGAUCCAACUUGAGGAGCUGGUGGUCUUUUCUUCUCACAUAAGCGGAAAAAUUCCAAAGUCCUUGUUCGCUCUUCCAGCCCUGCAAUCGCUUUGGUUAAUAGAUAAUCAGCUUAUUGGCUGGCUGGAAGACAUUCCUGCUCCUUUAUCCUCACCAUUGCGGGAGAUUGAUUUAAGCAGUAAUCAAUUGACAGGCCCAAUACCCAAAUCAUUUUUUCAGCUUACGAAUCUUCGGCGUCUCGAUCUUGACUCAAAUAAAUUGACAGGCACCGUAGAACUUGGCUCUAUCUGGAGGUUGAGAAAUCUCACCUAUCUUAACCUGGGUAACAAUAUGAUAUCAAUCACAGAAAAAGAAGGACCUUCAGCGAGAAGAGGUCCCGGAGGCCUGCUCUCGCUAGAGCUGUGCGCGCAGCACUAGCGAUGGGAAUGGUAGAAAGCAGCUGAGGGAGAAGGGAGAGAUCUCCUAAGCAGGAGUACCUGGAUCAAGUGCUGAGGUGAGUGAGGAUGGGAGGAGGGGGUGGUGGUUUAUAUAGGCGUGGAGGUGCCUCAGGUUCAACGAACCUAGACAUCAUAAAUGACUUUGAUGAGCGGCGGUUAUUAUGCCUCAGGUUCAACGAACCUGGACGUCGUAAAGAGCCUUGAUUGUCCAGUCAUUACUGUCAACAUUAAUUCUCUGUAUUAAUGCUCUUUACAGCAAAACAUCCUUCUCAUCUCAGCACAUCAUGUCGCACCGCACCUGCACGUCACGUCACGUCACGUCAUACCGGGAAAAGUUCAGAUUUUUGCAUGGAGAUUAGCAUGUUAUGGACUUGCUACAUUGGAGAACUACAAUGAGGCUUUUCAGAAAGCAACUGGAGCUGCAAGUAUUGGAGGAAUUGUCAGGGGCCAUGGAGGAUGUGCCAUUUUAUUCUUCUGGCGUAUCUUACCAAGCUGCCAAUCUGCAUAACAGGUUGAAGCAUUAGCCUGUUUGGAAGGUCUGAAGUGCGCUGUGGAAUGGGUAAGAAAGCUUAUGAUCCAUUGAUCCUUGAAUUAGAUUGUGCUUCAAUCGUAGCUUCCUUAGCAGUGCAGCAAGAGGAAAGAUACCUGAACACGUACAUUUUAAAAGAGAUUCAGGCCUGCAGUUUUUACUCCCAGAGGUGUUGCUCAGGAGAAUACAAUAGAGUUGCUUAUGAGUUAGCUGAAUUAGCAAAGAGAACGGUGCAUUGUGCUGUGUGGAGAGAAAACGCUCCAUCUUGUGUAACCGAGCUACUCAAAUCUAAUUGUAGUUCCUUGUGUGAUUAAUAUAAUCACUCUUUUCUCGCAA